CGCGAAGGCAACCUCCAACCUUCAACAGCAGCAGCAAGUACGACCAUGUCUUUUUGGAAACGCAGCUAUGACGAACUCCGCAAAUACACCGCGAAGGCCAUCAGAUCAAACCCCAGCGCAAGGGACCCAGAACUUACCUUCAUCAACUUCAAAACCCCCGAGGCCCUUAACUCUGUCAUCACCGGCUGCGACGAAGACAUCGGUGGUUUCUCCUCCGUAAACCUCGAUUUCGAACCCUCAGAAAACGCCGCAGUCUUCCACGGAAACCUGUCACUUCAAGUCCCCGUUAACCCCAGUGUAACGCGUUCGGGGUAUGCGGCAUUCCGUACGAAGGUUCCUGCGAAGACUAUUUUUGGUACACCAAGGUUUGAGACAGAUGGGUAUCAACAUAUCGCAUUAAGAGUAAAGGGUGAUCGUCGCAAGUAUUUUGUGAACGUUCAGGGAGACACUUUCUCCCAAACGGAUUUGUGGCAGCAUAGGCUAUUCUUGUCGACGCCCGGUCAGUGGGAGACAGUAAUGAUCCCUUUUGGUGACUUUGUUUUGACAAGCGAAGGCAAAGUCGAAAGAAGACAGGACGGCAUGCCCCGGGAUAAAGUCCGUACUGUGGGUAUCUCCAUACUAGACAGGCAGGAAGGCCCAUAUAAGCUGCACAUUCAGUGGAUUAAAGCGAUGGGCGAUGAGGCAUCCGGGAAGAAGCCCGAGCAUGCGAACCCGUUGGAGGGAGUCAAGAUGGAGAAACCGGAGGCAGAGGUGAAGGGCGGGAAGCGUGGGAAGGAUCAGCUCUGAGUAAACAUGUGUUUGCCACCAUACUCGCAACAAUUCAUAGGGGGAAGGACAGUGGUCAAGCGGAUGGUAUAACAGGAUGCUGUGCCCUUUCUUCCCUUAUUCGUGGAAAGAUAGUAUUGCUAUUUGACUAGU